AAGAAGGUACUUUGAGUCCUGGCGUGGGGGCCCCGGGUCCUAUCCGAAUUCCGCUCGUGGCUGUUCCAGGAGUGGGGAGGCAACAAAAGGCUUUUAAAACAUCAGAUUCGUGUGUGGAAUCCUUGCCUGUUUGGAUAAUGACAAGUUUGGAGAGCUUGCUUUUUGCUGUGGUUUGAAUAGUUACGCUUCCAAUGCAACGUACUGUGUUUGGGGGGUAGAGCUAUCCGUCGUCAAGAAGAAAUCUGUUAGUUUUAAACUGAAGAAUGCCUCUACAUAAAAAAAGUAGAAUGAAAGAACCUUUGGAUGGUGGCUGUAACAAAGCAAUGGCACCACAGCAGAAGCUUCUGGACAAAAUUAAAGAAGAACCUGAUAAUGCUGCAGAGUAUGCCUGUGCCCAACAGCCAAAAACUCAAGGAAGUGAACUAAAAAUCAGUGCUGUAUUUUCAGUUAAUGAAAGUCCUCUGGCUCAACAGCUGACCCCAGGCUUUCAACUUUCUCUCACAUCGUCUGCCCCAAAUAUAUUGCUUCCUUCAGUCCCAGCUGUAGCGAUUCAAGUUUUUUGUUCUGGUUGUAAAAGAAUGCUUCGUAAGGGGCAAACCGCGUACCACAAGACAGGAUCUACUCAGCUCUUCUGUUCCACACAGUGCAUUGCUGGAUUUUCCUUACCUGUCUGCCUGCUGCCUCCUGCUAAGAAAACCUGCGCAAACUGUUCCAAAGACAUUUUGAAUCCAAAGGAUGUGAUCACAGCCCAAGUUGAAAAUUCUUCCGCUAGCAAAGAUUUCUGCAGUCAGUCAUGCCUGUCUUCUUAUGAACUAAAGAAAAAACCUAUUGUUACCAUAUAUACCAAUAGUACUUCAACUAAAUGCAGUAUGUGUCAGAAAAAUGCUGAUAUUCGAUUUGAAGUUAAGUAUCAAAAUGUGGUGCACGGUCUUUGUAGUGAUGCUUGUUUUUCAAAAUUUCAUUCCACCAACAACCUCACUAUGAACUGCUGUGAGAACUGUGGGGGCUAUUGCUAUAGCAGCUCUGGACCUAGCCAAUCACAGAAGGUUUUUAGUUCAACAAGUAUCACAGCAUAUAAGCAGAAUUCAGCCCAAAUGCCUCCAUAUGCUCUGGGGAAAUCAUUGAGGCCAUCAGCUGAAAUGAUUGAGACUACCAAUGACUCAGGAAAAACAGAGCUUUUCUGCUCUAUUAAUUGCUUAUCUGCUUACAGAGUUAAAACUGUCACUUCUGCAGGUGUCCAGGUAUCCUGUCAUAGUUGUAAAACCUCAGCGAUCCCUCAGUAUCACCUCGCUAUGUCAAAUGGAACUAUAUACAGCUUCUGCAGCUCCAACUGUGUAGUGGCUUUCCAGAAGGUAUUUAACAAGCCAAAAGGAGCGAACCUCUCGGCAGCACCUUCUCAUGGUCAAGUGAUUGUGAGCACGCCCUCUGGGUCAGUGAUGUCAGCAGGACGAGGUGGUGGCAUGUCUUCUUCCAGUUCUGUCAGCGGUGCUGCCCCAGCUGGCUGCCAACAGGUUUCUAAACAAUCCCAAAAGGCUGCUUUAGCCCAGACACUUGUGAAACUCAAGUGUCAGCACUGUAACCAAAUGUUUGCCACAAAGCCAGAGCUGCUUUACUACAAGGGAAAAAUGUUUCUAUUCUGUUGCAAGACUUGCUCUGAUGAAUACAAAAGGAAAAAUAGAGUUGUGGCAAUGUGUGACUACUGUAAACUGCAGAAAAUUGUAAAGGAGACUGUGCGAUUCUCAGGGGUUGAUAAGCCAUUCUGUAGUGAAGUUUGUAAAUUCCUGUCUGCUCGGGACUUUGGAGAACGAUGGGGAAACUACUGUAAGAUGUGCAGUUAUUGCUCACAGACAUCCCCAAAUUUGGUAGAAAAUCGGUUGGAGGGCAAAGUAGAAGAGUUUUGUUGUGAAGAGUGCAUGUCCAAAUUUACAGUUCUUUUUUAUCAGAUGGCCAAGUGUGAUGGUUGUAAACGUCAGGGCAAGCUGAGUGAGUCCAUAAAAUGGCGAGGCAAUAUCAAACAUUUCUGUAACCUGUAUUGUGUCUUGAAGUUUUGUCAUCAACAAAAUAUGAAUGAUCUAUCACAAAAUAAAGUAAAUAUUUCAAAGGCACAAACUGCUUUCCUGGCACUCCCUUCUACAAGAACAAACAUAACUCCAGUCAUAACCAGUGUGGUAUCACUGGCAAAAAUGCCUGUUGCCCAGCAUACAGGAAGCACUAAGACUGUUUUAAAAGGUGCAGCUACUAAAGAGGCAGCAAAAAUUAUUGGAAAUGGAAAUGCACAGUCAGAGGCUAUGAAACUUCUGUCUUCUCAAUCUUCUCAACUUUCCAAACUUUUAAAGAACAAAGGUAUAUUGUGCAGACCUGCCACACAGACCAAGGCCAUCUCUUGCAAACCACAUACACAACACAAGGAAUGUCAGACAGAGUUACCUAUGCCUGAUGAGAAACGUGACGCAGAACAUGACUCUCCACCUGCAAAAAAAAGAAUAGGUUUUUUCCAGACUUACGAUCCGGAGUAUUUAAAAGUUGGUUUUAUUAUCUGUCCUGGAUCGAAAGAGAGUCCCCCAAGACCACAGUGUGUCAUCUGUGGAGAGAUCUUAUCCAGCGAAAACAUGAAGCCUGCAAACCUUUCUCAUCACUUGAAGACAAAACAUUCAGAAUUAGAAGAUAAGCCAGUAGAUUUUUUUGAGCAGAAAUCUCUUGAAAUGGAAUGUCAAAACAGUUCUUUAAAAAAGUGUUUACUAGUUGAAAAGUCACUUGUGAAGGCUUCUUAUUUAAUUGCUUUCCAAAUCGCUGCCAGCAAGAAGCCAUUCUCUAUUGCAGAAGAACUAAUUAAACCAUAUUUGGUAGAAAUGUGUUCAGAGGUUUUGGGUUCAAGUGCUGGAGACAAAAUGAAAACCAUUCCUCUUUCUCAUAAUACAAUUGGCUACAGGAUUGAUGAACUGUCUGCAGACAUUGAAGAUCAGCUGAUUCAAAAGGUCAGAGAGUCCAGGUGGUUUGCCCUUCAGAUAGAAGAGUCAUCUGAGAUCUCAGCUAUGACCCUUCUCUUAUGCUAUAUUCGUUUCAUUGAUUAUGAUUGCAGUGAUAUAAGAGAAGAAUUAUUAUUCUGCAUUGAAAUGCCUUCUGAAAUCACUGGUUUUGAAAUAUUUGAGCUAAUAAACAAAUACAUUGAUAGUAAAUCUCUGAACUGGAAAUAUUGUGUUGGUCUCUGUACUGAUGGGACUGCAAGUAUGACUGACAGAUGUUCUGGCUUAAGGGCGAAAAUUCAAGAAGUUGCUGUGAAUUCAGUGGCAUUUACACAUUGUUUUAUUCAUCGUGAACAUUUAGCAGCUGAAAAGUUGUCUCCAUGCUUACAUGAAAUUCUUUUGCAGUCAGCACAAAUUUUAAGUUUUGUAAAGAGCAAUUUGUUGAAUUCACGAAUGCUAACAAUUUUGUGUGAAGAAAUGGGAUCUCAGCGUGUGAAUCUACCUCUUAAUGCUGAAGUGCGUUGGAUAUCAAGAGGAAGAAUUUUAACAAGAUUAUUUGAAUUGCGACAUGAAAUGGAAAUAUUUUUAAAUCAAAAGCAUUCAGAUCUGGCAAAGUAUUUUCAUGAUCCAGAAUGGGUUGCAAAACUGGCCUAUUUAGCUGAUAUAUUUUCACUUAUAAAUGAAUUAAAUUCAAGUCUCCAGGGGACCAUGACUACUUUCUUCACUUUAUAUAAUAAAAUUGAUGUAUUUAAGAAAAAAUUAAAACUGUGGUUGAAGCGCACACAAGAGAAUGAUUAUGACAUGUUCCCGUCAUUUUCUGAAUUCUCAGCCUCAUCAGAUGUGAAUGUGAGAAACAUCAGAAGCAUUAUUUUUGAGCACCUGAAAGGACUUUCUCAAAUAUUUAAUGACUGUUACCCACCAGAGGAUGACUUGCGUUCAGGGAAUCUGUGGGUAAUUAACCCUUUCAUGAAUCACCAAAAUAAUAAUCUCACUGACUUUGAAGAAGAGAAACUAAUACAGUUAUCUUCAGAUUUAGGAUUUCAGUCAGUAUUUAAAUCGAUGUCUGUAACUCAGUUUUGGAUAAAUGCAAAGACGCAUUACCCAGAACUCCAUGAGAAGGCAAUGAAAGUCUUACUGCCUUUCUCAACCGUCUAUUUAUGUGAUGCUACCUUUUCAGCGUUGACAGAGUCAAAACAAAGAAAUUUCUUGGUUUCUGGCCCUGCCUUAAGACUUGCAGUCACGUCAUUAAUUCCAAGGAUAGAGAAACUAGUAAAAGAGAAAGAAUAACAAUGUGCAUAUUACUCAUAGCAUCAGAGUCUAUUAAUUUUGUGUUACAGUUUGUAUAAAAUCCUAAAGUCUAAUUUCCUAAUGUGGGUUUGUGUUUGUGGAUUUGCAAUUAAAUUAGUGUUUU